GGCGGCCAGGGCCCCGCGUCAGAGGGCUCUUUCCAGACCAGCCUGAAGCCUUGGGCACCCCUCAGCGAUUCGGAGGUGUAUUUGGCAUCCCUAGAGAGAAGGCUGAGGAGAAUCAAAGGCUUGUCGCAGGAGGUGACCUCCAAGGACAUGCUGCGCACGCUCUCCCAGGCUAAGAAGGAAUGCUGGGACAGGUUCCUGCAGGAGAAGUUCGAGUCUGAACUUUACGUGGAGGGACACGACUCCGAUGAGAGCACGCUGGAACACCUGAAGCGGUGGCUGCAACCUGACAAAGUGGCGAUCAGCACCGAGGAGGUGCAGUACCUCAUCCCUCCGGACCCUCAGCCGGAAAAGCAGGAGGCCGAGGAGGAGCCUCCGGCCGCGGAGCAGUGA